CAGUAAUAGUAUCUUUCCUCCCCUGUGCCCAGCCAGUGUGCCAAUACAUCAAGUAGUGCCCAGAGAACCACCAUGCGGUCUAUCAUCUUCCUGUCAGCAAUUGUAAUGCUCACCGCUGCCGCUGGUGUCAGGAACAUCGUAUUAAAGUCUAACGAAGGAAUAGACGGUUCGAAUGAGAACUUGUUACACGGAUGCGGAACUGGCAUGCUGAAGCCGAAAUGUGUAUGUCCCAAAGGAAAAGCAUUUAAUGGAAAAACCUGCAUACCUGACCUGUGUGUCUCCAACCCGUGUGAUCCUGGGACCUGCGUUGGUACCGGAACCAGCUACAGCUGCUGCUGUCCAAGUGGCUAUAUGACCACUGGUACCAAGUGUGUUAGUAAGUUCUCUCCAUUGAUAUGUUGCCUUGAGAUUCAUUUAAUUUAUUAUUAACUUACACGACUUAUC